CCUAAUCUUAAUAUUUUUGUUUUGGUGUAUUAUUAUUACAUUCUAUCUUAUUAUUUACACUUUUAAUAUUCCUUUUAUUUUCUAUUCAAACCCUUUUUUUAUUCGAUAAAAUAAAACUUUAUCCAAAGCAUAUCCACUUAUCGAUAAAUAUAAAAUCAAUUAACAUCGAAGCUUCCGUCCAUAACUUCACUGUUGAGACAGCUAACCAAGAUUUUUCAGCUCAGAGAGGAAAAAGAAGAAAUGGGGAAAGGUGGGAUGUCUCAUGGCAACAAUGGAGAGGGUAAAAGUGGAGAAGAAGAGAAUAUGGCAGCUUGGCUUCUUGGGGUGAACAAUAUCAAGAUUCAACCUUUCAAGCUCCCUCCUCUUGGUCCUCAUGAUGCUAGAAUAAGAAUGAAAGCAGUGGGUAUCUGUGGAAGUGAUGUUCACUACCUCAAGGAGAUGAAAUUAGCAGAUUUUGUGGUGGAAGAGCCAAUGGUUAUUGGACACGAGUGCGCUGGCAUUAUUGAGGAAGUUGGGUCUGAAGUGAAGCACCUUUCGCCAGGAGAUCGUGUGGCCAUUGAGCCCGGAAUAAGCUGUUGGAGGUGUAAUCUUUGCAAGGAAGGCCGAUACAAUUUGUGCCCUGAAAUGAAGUUUUUUGCUACUCCUCCUGUUCAUGGUUCUUUAGCAAAUCAGAUUGUGCAUCCUGCGGAUUUAUGUUUCAAACUGCCCGAGAAUGUGAGUUUGGAGGAAGGGGCAAUGUGUGAGCCGUUGAGUGUUGGAGUUCACGCGUGCCGUCGUGCGAAUGUGGGCCCAGAGACGAAUGUGCUGGUGAUGGGAGCUGGGCCUAUUGGGCUUGUGACCAUGCUUUCUGCUCGGGCUUUUGGGUCACCGAGGAUAGUGAUUGUGGAUGUCGAUGAUCACCGUCUGUCUGUUGCUAAGGAGCUUGGAGCAGAUGAGACUGUCAAAGUCUCUACUAACAUAAAUGAUGUGAGCACGGAAGUUGAAAGAAUUAAGGAGGCAAUGGGGGGAUUAGUCGACAUAACUUUCGACUGUGCGGGAUUUAAUAAAACAAUGACAACAGCUCUUGGUGCCACGUCAUCUGGCGGGAAAGUUUGCCUUGUUGGGUUGGGUCACACUGAGAUGACCCUUCCUCUUGCCCCAGCUGCUGUCAGAGAGGUUGAUGUUGUUGGCAUAUUCCGGUACAAGAACACGUGGCCCUUGUGCAUCGAAUUUCUGAGGAGUGGAAAGAUAGACGUAAAGCCGUUGAUAACACACAGGUUUGGAUUCUCUCAGAAGGAAGUCGAAGAUGCUUUCGAGACGAGUGCACGUGGUGGUACUGCUAUCAAGGUCAUGUUUAAUCUCUGAAAUUGUGGGAUUCUGUGAGAAUGGUGUAAAAACAAAAUGAAUAAAGCAAGCUAUGCACAAUGUACCUUUGUAAAAAGUGAGACCGGCCUUUUAAAUAACGUGUGAAACUAUUGUCUUCCUUUCUCUUGGUUUCAAGCUUGAACUUGAAGAUGGCUGUUCAAUAUGUAUUUUCUUGUAUUAUGGAAUUGGUUUUCUUGCAUAUUCUUUCAGCAAUCAACUUUUCUCUUGGUUUGUAUUACCAAGCUUGAACUUAAAUAUGAGA